AUGCUGGUAAAGGAUUACCAAAGAAGAUUCUGGCUGGUUCAUUUAUUCCUGCUGCAAAUAUCCUGGGAUGUGGUUGUGUGUCAGCUCCAUUAUAUCAUCCCUGAAGAAUCUAAACACGGCACAUUUGUUGGGAGAAUCGCUCAGGAUUUGGGUCUUCAGAUGAAUGAAAUGAAUUCAAGAAUGCUAAGAAUUGUUUCUAGAGAUGAGAAGCAAUAUUUCCAGGUAAAUUUGCAAAAUGGAAUUUUAUUUGUAAAGGAAAUUAUAGACAGGGAGGAGAUCUGUCCAGCUAUGCCUGUCUGUGUUAUAUCCCUACAAGUAAUUGUUGAUAAACCUGUGCAAAUGCACCGAGUAGAUGUAGAGAUUGAAGACAUUAAUGAUAACUAUCCAUUUUUCUUUGCAAAUGAAUACAUUUUUACAAUAUUAGAAUCAAGGCUUCCAGGAUAUCGAUUUCCCCUAGAGGGUGCAGUUGAUGCUGAUAUUGGCACUAAUUCUGUUACAAACUAUGAUGUCAGUACAAAUGAUUAUUUUAUAAUAGAAUUUACUAAAUAUGUACACCAAAUACGAACAUUAGAUCUUGUACUAAAGAAACCACUAGACAGAGAAAAACUAUCAUUUCACAAUCUAACCCUUAUUGCUUUUGAUGGGGGGAAACCAAAGUUAAGUGGCACCACUAAACUUCUGAUAAUGGUUGAAGACACCAAUGAUAAUGCUCCAACAUUUGAUCAGCCAUUUUACCAAUGCAGUGUGGUAGAAAAUGCUCCUAUAGGAACAUUUGUUUAUAAAUUAAAUGCAACAGAUCAAGAUCAGGGCAGAAAUGGGGAGAUAUUAUAUGAUUUUAGCAAACUGGUCCCAGAACAAGUGAAAAAAAUAUUUAGCUUAGACAAGCACACUGGUGAAAUUACAGUUAUAGGUGAAGUGGACUUUGAAACAAGGAAUGUGUAUGAAAUUCAAAUUGAUGCAGCUGAUAAUGGUGAACCCUCCUUGGUUGGGCACUGCAAAUUAUUAGUUAGCAUUAUUGAUGCCAAUGAUAACCCUCCUGAGUUGACCGUUACUUCAAUCUCUGUUCCUGUUCCUGAGGAUGCACCUCAAGGCACAACUGUUGCAAUCAUUAGUGCACAUGAUAGAGAUUCCGGCACAAAUGGAAGAAUUAACUGUUAUAUCUCUGAACCAAGGACAUUUAAAAUAAUUCCAGCUUUUGCUGGAGACUUUUCCAUAACAGUGGAUGCGCCAUUAGACAGAGAAACAAAAUCUGAAUAUGAAGUAGUAAUUACUGCAAAAGAUGAAGGAUCACCAGUUCUCUCUGUUUCCAAAACAAUUAAAGUUGAGAUAAGUGAUGUGAAUGACAAUCCCCCUGAAUUUUUGCAAUCUGUUAACACAAUAUUUCUGAAAGAGAACAACCCUCCUGGAUCUCAUAUCUAUUCUGCAUCAGCAAUAGACUUGGACGUCAACCAGAACUCCUUCAUAACAUAUUCUCUUACUGAAAAUGCAAUUAAUGGUGUCCCUUUAUCUUCAAUUAUCUCUAUAAAUCCAGAAAAUGGCAACCUGUUUGCUUUACUUUCAUUUGAUUUUGAACAACUUGCCCAUUUUCAGUGUGAAGUCAAAGCCACCGAUGCAGGUUUGCCUCCCCUUAGCAGUUAUCUUACUCUGAAUAUUUUUAUUGUAGACGUUAAUGAUAAUUCACCUUAUUUUUCACUCAGUGGAUCUACAGAAAUAAUUAAGUCAUUAAAAUCAGCACAAGCAGGUUCCUUGGUGACAAAGAUUACAGCAACUGAUUUGGAUUCUGGAUACAAUGCUUGGAUAUCAUAUGAAUUUAAGAAAACUUUAGUAAGUUUACCAUUUCAAAUUUCUCAGAAGACUGGGGAAAUAAGGUUAACAAGAUCCUUUAUGGAAUCAGAUGCAGAGGAAUUCAGACUUACAGUGGUUGCUAAGGAUCAUGGAGAACCUUCAAUGUCCACAGUUAUGCCCAUCAUAAUUUCUUUGGUAGAUUCAGAAGAAGACCUUAAAUUAGAUUAUCAGAAUUUAUAUGAAAAAGAAGAUGAAUUCACAAGUGCAAAUGUUUAUUUGGUUAUAGCUAUUUGCACAAUCUCAAGUAUAUUUCUUAUUACUUUAAUUGCAUUUACUGUUAUACGAUGGCAAAAAUAUAGGGAUGAGGUAAAUGAACUGAGGGAGAGCUACAAGGCCUGCUCAAACACAGUUGGCAGUUGGAUUUAUUCUCAACAAAGUCAAUAUAAGCUAUAUUUAAAUUCUCUUCAAAGGAAUGAUUUGAUUGUGUUUACUCCAAAUUGCCCCCAGUCAUCAGACAAAGAAAGAAACUCAAAUACAGGGGCUCUUCUCAACCCCUUAAGAUUACUUCAACAUAUCCAUCUCUGCAAAAUGCUGGUAAAGGAUUACCAAAGAAAAUGCUGGCUGGUUCAUUUCUUUCUGCUGAAAAUAUCCUGGGAUGUGGUUUUGUGUCAGCUUCAUUAUAUCAUCCCUGAAGAAUCCAAACACGGCACAUUUGUUGGAAGAAUAGCUCAGGAUUUGGGUCUGCAGAUGAGUGAAAUUAAUUCCAGAAUGCUAAGGAUUGUCUUUAGAGAUGAGAAGCAGUAUUUUCAGGUAAAUUUGCAAAAUGGAAUUUUAUUUGUUAAGGAUAUUAUAGACAGGGAAGAGAUAUGUGCAGAUAUACCUGUUUGUGUUAUAUCCUUACAAGUAAUUGUUGAUAAACCUGUGCAAAUGUACCAGGUAGAUGUGGAGAUUGAAGACAUUAAUGAUAAUUAUCCUGUUUUCUUUGCAAAUGAAUACUUUGUUUCAAUAUUAGAGUCAAGGCUUCCAGGAUCUCGAUUUCCACUAGAGGGUGCAGCUGAUGCAGAUAUUGGCACUAAUUCUGUUACAAAUUAUGAGCUUAGUACAAAUGAUUAUUUUAUAUUAGAAUUUACAAAAUAUAUACACCAAAUACGAACGCUUGAACUUGUGCUUAAGAAACCACUAGACAGAGAAAAAAUAUCAUUUCACAAUCUCACUCUUAUGGCUUUUGAUGGUGGAAAACCAAAAUUAAGUGGCACCACUCAACUUGUGAUAACUGUGGAAGACACGAAUGAUAAUGUCCCAACAUUUGACCAACCAUUCUACCAAUGCAGUGUGAUGGAAAAUGCUCCUAUGGGAACUUUUGUCUAUAAACUUAAUGCUACAGAUCUAGAUGAGGGCAAAAAUGGGGAAAUAUCAUAUGAUUUUAGCAAACUAGUCCCAGAACAUGUAAGAAAAAUCUUCAGAUUAGACAAGCAAACUGGUGAAAUAACAGUAAUAGGAGAAGUGGACUUUGAAACAAGAAGUAUGUAUGAAAUUCAUAUUGAUGCAGUUGAUAAUGGUGAACGCUCAUUGGUUGGACACUGCAAAGUUUUAGUUAGCAUCACAGAUGUGAAUGACAACCCUCCUGAACUGACCGUUACAUCACUUUCUGUUCCUGUUCCUGAAGAUGCCCCACAAGGCACUACUGUUGCAAUUAUUACUGCACAUGAUAGAGAUUCAGGAGCAAAUGGAAGAAUUAACUGUUAUAUCUCUGAUCUUAGGACAUUCAAAAUAAUACCAGCUUUUGCAGGGGUUUUUUCUUUAACAGUGGUUGCACCAUUAGACAGAGAAACAAACUCUGAAUAUGAAUUAGUAAUUACUGCAAAAGAUGAAGGCUCGCCAUCUCUCUCUGCUUCCAAAUCAAUAAAAGUAGAUGUGAGUGAUGUGAAUGACAAUGCACCUGAAUUUCUGCAAUCUGUCGACACAAUAUUUCUGAAAGAGAAUAAUCCACCUGGGUCUCAUAUCUAUACAGUGUUAGCAACAGACCCUGAUAUCAACCAGAACUCCUUCAUCACAUACUCCCUUAGCGAAAGUUCAGUAAAUGGGGUUCCUUUAUCUUCAUUUCUCUCCAUUAAUCCAGAAAAUGGCAACUUGUUUGCUUUACUUUCAUUUGACCACGAGCAACUUAACUAUUUUCAAUGUGAAGUCAAAGCCACUGAUGCAGGUUUGCCUCCCCUUAGCAGUUAUCUUACUCUGCAUAUUUUUAUUGUUGAUGUUAAUGAUAAUGCCCCUUAUUUUUCUCCACUCCCUUCUAUCAGUGAAUCUAAAGAAAUUAUUAAAUCUUUAAAAUCAGCGCAAGCAGGUUCAUUGGUGACAAAGAUAACAGCAGUUGAUUUGGAUUCUGGAUAUAAUGCUUGGAUAUCUUAUGAAUUUAAGAAAUCUUUAACAAGUUUACCAUUUAAAAUUUCUCAGAAGACUGGGGAAAUUAGGUUAACAAGAUCCAUUAUGGAAUCAGAUGGUGAGGCAUUUAGACUAGUAGUGGUGGCUCAGGAUCAUGGAGAACCUUCAAUGUCUACAGCAAUGCCCAUCAUAAUUUCUUUGGUUGAUUCAGAAGAAGAACUAAAAAUAGAAAAUCAGUAUGCAAAUGAAAAAGAAGACAAUUUCACCAAUGCAAAUGUUUAUCUGGUUAUAGCCAUUUGCUCAAUCUCAAGUAUCUUCCUUAUUACUCUAAUUGGAUUUACGAUUUUACGAUGGCAAAAAUAUAGGGAUGAGGUAAAUGAACUUAGAGAGAGCUACAAAGUCUGUUCGAACACAGUCGGGAGUUGGAUUUAUUCUCAAGAAAGCCAGUAUAAGUUAUACUUAAAUUCCCUCCAAAGGAAUGACUUGAUUGUGUUUACUCCAAAUUGUUCACAGUCAUCAGAGAAUAAAAGGAACUCAAAUGAACCAGAAAUGGAAGUCAACUCUUCUUUGCAGAUAUUUCACGAGUCUCUGGAAACCAAGAAUUAUGCUACAUUGUAUCUUGAUGUUUUAAUUCACAAUGAAAAGAAACAGUUAACGGGUGAAACAAAUCUUUAUGAAUAUAAAAUGAAAAUGCUGGUAAAAUAUUACCAAGGAAGAUGCUGGCUGGUUCAUUUCUUCUUGCUGCAAAUAUCCUGGGAUCUUUUUGUGUGUCAGCUCCAUUAUAUCAUUCCUGAGGAAUCUAAACACGGCACAUUUGUUGGAAGAAUAGCUCAGGAUUUGGGUCUGCAGAUGAGUGAAAUUAAUUCAAGAAUGCUAAGGAUUGUCUCUAGAGAUGAGAAGCAAUAUUUCCAGGUAAAUUUGCAAAAUGGGAUUUUAUUUGUUAGGGAUAUUAUAGACAGGGAAGAAAUAUGUCUAGAUAUGCCUGUUUGUAUUAUAUCCCUACAAGUAAUUGUUGACAAACCUGUUCAAAUGUAUCGGGUAGAUGUGGAGAUUGAAGACAUUAAUGAUAAUUAUCCAGUUUUCUUUGCAAAUGAAUACUUUGUUUCAAUAUUAGAGUCAAGGCUUCCAGGAUCUCGAUUUCCACUAGAGGGUGCUGUUGAUGCUGAUAUUGGAACUAAUUCUGUUACAAAUUAUGAGCUUAGUACAAAUGAUUAUUUUAUAUUAGAAUUUACAAAAUAUAUACACCAAAUAAGAACACUUGAGCUUGUGCUAAAGAAACCAUUAGACAGAGAGAAAAAAGCAUUUCAUAAUCUUACUCUUAUGGCUUUUGAUGGAGGAAAACCAAAGUUAAGUGGCACCACUCAACUUCUGAUCAGUGUGGAAGACACCAACGAUAAUGUCCCAACAUUUGACCAACCAUUUUACCAAUGCAGUGUGGUGGAAAAUGCUCCUAUAGGAACAUUUGUUUACAAACUGAAAGCAAUAGAUCUUGAUGAGGGCAAAAAUGGGGAAAUAUCAUAUGAUUUUAGCAAACUAGUUCCAGAACAGGUGAGAAAAAUAUUUAGCUUAGACAAGCACACUGGUGAAAUUACAGUAAAGGGUGAAGUGGACUUUGAAUUAAAGACAAUGUAUGAAAUUCAUAUUGAUGCAGUUGAUAAUGGUGACCGCUCCCAGGUUGGACACUGCAAAGUUUUAGUUAGCAUUACAGAUGUAAAUGACAACCCUCCUGAGCUGACCAUUACAUCACUUUCUGUCCCUAUUCCUGAGGAUGCCCCACAAGGCACCACUGUUGCAAUUAUUAGUGUAUAUGACAGAGAUUCAGGUGCAAAUGGAAGAAUUAACUGUUAUAUCUCUGAACCCAAGACAUUCAAAAUAAUUCCAGCGUUUGCUGGGGACUUUUCAUUAACUGUGGAUGCACCGUUAGACCGAGAGGCCAAAUCUGAAUAUGAGUUAAUAAUUACAGCAAAAGAUGAAGGAUCUCCAUCUCUUUAUACUUUUAAAACAAUUAAAGUUAAUAUAAGUGAUGUAAAUGACAAUGCCCCUCAAUUUCUGCAAUCUGACCACACAAUAUUUCUAAAAGAGAACAACCCUCCUGGGUCUCAUAUCUACACUGUUUCAGCAUUAGACCUGGACAUUAACCAGAACUCCUUCAUCACCUACUCUGUUAGUGAAAGUACAAUCAAUGGGAUCCCCUUAUCUUCAUUUAUUUCUAUUAAUCCAGAAAAUGGCAAACUGUUUGCUUUACUUUCAUUUGAUCAUGAGCAACUUAACUAUUUUCAGUGUGAAGUUAAAGCCACCGAUGCAGGGCUUCCUCCCCUUAGCAGUUAUCUAACUGUACAUAUUUUUAUUGAAGAUGUUAAUGAUAAUGCUCCUUAUUUUUCUCCACUUUCAUCUCUUAGUGGCUCUACAGAAAUAAUUAAAUCUUUAAAAUCAGGGAAAGCAGGUUCCUUGGUCUCAAAGAUUACAGCAGUUGAUUUGGAUUCUGGAUACAAUGCUUGGAUAUCUUAUGAAUUUAAGAAAACUUUAGUAAAUUUACCAUUUCAAAUUUCUCAGAAGACUGGGGAAAUAAGGUUAAUACGGUCCAUUACGGAAUCAGAUGGUGAUGAAUUUAGACUUGUAAUGGUGGCUCAGGAUCAUGGAGAACCUUCAAUGUCUACGACAAUGCCCAUCAUAAUUUCUUUGGUGGAUUCAGAAGAAAACCUCAAAGUAGAAAAUCAUUAUUCAGAUGAAAAAGAAGAUGAUUACACCAAUGCAAAUGUUUUUCUGGUUAUAGCCAUCUGCUCAAUCUCAAGUAUCUUCCUUAUAACUUUAAUUGUAUUUACAAUUUUACGAUGGCAGAAAUAUAGGGAUGAGGUAAAUGAACUCAAAGAGAGCUACAAAGUAUGCUCAAACACAGUUGGGAGUUGGAUUUAUUCUCAGCAAAGUCAAUAUAAAUUAUACUUAAAUUCUCUUCAAAGGAAUGACUUGAUUGUGUUUACUCCAAAUUGUUCACAGUCAUCAGAGAAUGAAAGGAACUCAAAUGAACCAGGAAUAGAAGCCAACUCUUCUUUCCAGCUAAACUCAGAAGAGGUAAAUUGGGAAAUGCUGGUAAAGGAUUGCCAAGGAAGAUGCUGGCUGGUUCAUUUCUUCCUGCUGCAUAUUUCCUGGGAUCUUGUUGUGAGUCAGCUCCAUUAUAUCAUCCCUGAAGAAUCCAAGCACGGGACAUUUGUUGGAAGAUUAGCUCAGGAUCUGGGUUUGCAGAUGAGUGAAAUUAAUUCCAGAAUGCUAAGGAUUGUCUCUAGAGAUGAGAAGCAAUAUUUUCAGGUAAAUUUGCAAAAUGGAAUUUUAUUUGUUACAGAUAUCAUAGAUAGGGAAGAUAUAUGUCCAGAUAUACCAAUCUGUGUUAUAUCUCUACAAGUCAUUGUUGAUAAACCUGUGCAAAUGUACCAGGUAGAUGUGGAGAUUGAAGACAUUAAUGAUAACUAUCCACUUUUCUUUGCAAAUAAGUACAUUGUUUCAGUAUCAGAAUCAAGGCUUCCAGGAUAUCGUCUUCCACUAGAGGGUGCAGUUGAUGCUGAUAUUGGUACUAAUUCUGUUACAAACUAUGAGCUCAGUACAAAUGAAUAUUUUAUAUUAGAAUUUACAAAAUAUAUUCAUCAAAUACGAACACUUGAACUGGUGAUCAAGAAAUCACUAGACAGAGAAAAAAAAUCAUUUCACAAUUUGACUCUUAUGGCUUUUGAUGGGGGAAAACCAAAGUUAAGUGGCACCACUCAACUUCUGAUUAAUGUGGAAGACACCAAUGAUAAUGCUCCAACAUUUGACCAACCAUUUUACCAAUGCAGUGUGCUGGAAAAUGCUCCUAUUGGAACUUUUGUGUAUAAAUUGAAUGCAAUAGAUCUGGAUGAAGGCAAACAUGGGGAAAUAUCAUAUGAUUUCAGCAAACUGGUUCCAGAACAGGUGAAAGCAAUCUUUAGCUUAGACAAGCACACUGGUGAAAUUACAGUAAAGGGAGAAGUGGACUUUGAAACAAGAAAUAUGUAUGAAAUUCAGAUUGAUGCAGUUGAUAAUGGGGAACACUCAUUGGUUGGUCACUGCAAAGUUUUAGUUAGCAUCACAGAUGUCAAUGACAACCCCCCUGAGCUGACCAUUACAUCACUUUCUGUCCCAGUUCCUGAGGAUGCACCACAAGGCACUACGGUUGCAAUCAUUAGUGUACAUGAUAGAGAUUCAGGAGCAAAUGGAAGAAUUAACUGCUAUGUCUCUGAUCCCAAGACAUUCAAAAUUAUUCCUGCAUUUACUGGGAUAUUUUCUUUAACAGUAGAUGCACCAUUAGAUAGAGAAACCAUAUCUGAAUAUGAAGUAAUAAUUACUGCAAAGGAUGAAGGAUCACCAGCUCUCUCUGUUUCCAAAACAAUUAAAGUUGAUAUAAGUGAUGUGAAUGACAAUGCUCCUGCAUUUCUGCAAACUGUUAACAAAAUAUUUAUCAAAGAGAACAACCCACCAGGCUCCCAUAUAUACAGUGUGUCAGCAUCAGACCCGGACAUCAACCAGAAUUCUUUCAUCACAUACUCUAUUAGUGAAAGUGCAGUUAAUGGGGUCCCCUUAUCUUCAUUUAUUUCCAUUAAUCCAGAAAAUGGCAACUUGUUUGCUUUACUUUCAUUUGACCAUGAGCAACUUAACUAUUUUCAAUGUGAAGUUAAAGCCACUGAUGCAGGUUUGCCUCCCCUUAGCAGUUAUCUUACUCUGCAUAUUUUUAUUUUAGAUGUUAAUGAUAAUGCCCCUUAUUUUUCUCCAUUUUCUUCUCUUCGUGAGUCUACAGAAAUUAUUAAAUCUUUAAAAUCAGCACAAAUAGGUUCCUUGGUGACAAAGGUUACAGCAAUUGAUUUGGAUUCUGGAUAUAAUGCUUGGAUUUCUUAUGAAUUUAAGAAAUCUUUAACAAGUUUGCCAUUUAAAAUUUCUCAGAAGACUGGGGAAAUUAGGUUAACAAGAUCCAUUAUUGAAUCAGACGGUGAGGAAUUUAGAUUAGUAGUGGUUGCUCAGGAUCAUGGAGAACCUGCAAUGUCCACAGUGAUGCCCAUCAUCAUUUCUUUGGUAGACUCAGAAGAUGAUCUCAAAGUAGAUAAUCAGUAUGCAAAUGAAAAAGAAGAUGAUUUCACCAAUGCAAAUGUGUAUCUGGUUAUAGGCAUUUGCUCGAUCUCAAGUAUCUUCCUUAUUACGUUAAUUGCAUUUACAGUUUUACGGUGGCAAAUAUAUAGGGAUGAGGUCAAUGAACUGAGGGAGAACUACAAAGUCUGCUCAAACACCGUUGGCAGUUGGAUUUAUUCCCAGCAAAGUCAGUAUAAGUUAUACUUAAAUUCUUUGCAAAGGAACGAUUUGAUUGUGUUUACACCAAAUUCUUCUCAGCCAUUAGAGAAUGAAGGAAACUCAACUGGGCCAGGAAAUGUAGCUAACUCUUCUUGCCAGGAGCAUCAUUGCACUACAGGAAGCUCAUUUAUCUUAUUGGAAUUCAGCAUUGAGUCUGCCGAAAUGCGGCCAUUUUCCAGCCCACGUGGAGACAGGAAAGACCGACUGGGUUAUAAGAACAUAUUGGAUCUAUUAUCCACCAAACUUCUGGAGGUUGAACAUGAAGUGAUCUUAGCACUUACUGGGAGUGCUAUCAGUCCUGAACUCGCAACCCAGAGGGGGGAGAUGCAGCAGCAAGAACUAGCCGAAAAUUCGCCCGGGAAAAGCGAGGGAGUUAAGGCCAAUGGACUCCCAGCUGCCCGGGUGGCUGAACUUGCCAGUAUUAGGCCUGUUGACUACUCAGAGUGUUUCACCCCUCUAGAUGACUCAGCUCCACAAAUGGAAAACGGAGAGGAGCGGCCAUGUAGCAGGCAUCCUAACGGCAACCAGCUAUCGCAAAUACCUUUCCGGUAUAAACUGCCUCACCUAUUAGGGGCGACUUUAGACCCGCGGUGGGUCAUAAUGGUGCGGGAGACUGUUACCUAUGAUAUGCCUGUGGGUAAAGUCGGGAGAUGCGAUCCUGCUGCUGAGUGCAGCGCGGUCGAGCAUGGACCAUUCGACACGUUUUGGCCUGUUGAUGCGGCCACAGAAUCAUGCCGGGUGUCAGUCUUAGACGCAGAUCUUUUCUCACACAGUAUGGCACAUGUCCGUUUUUUCUAUCUACCCAGGCAAGCAUGGAUGACCGUGAGUUGCAAAUUCCUAUACGGAAGAACUUUACAGGUGAUGGGACCCUCUCUUCACAAUGUCAUUAAAUAUGGCAAGUCUGGAAUUGGGAACAGCAUUCUUCGGUUUUGGGAUACCCGCAUUAUUUUGAUUCUUUGCUACUAUAAUACUGUUGUUGGACAAAUUGGAUAUUCUGUUGUGGAAGAGCUUGAAGAGGGAACAGUAAUUGGCAAUUUAGCCCAUGAUCUGCGAGUGGAUGUAAGUCAUCUUUUCAAUCGUAAGUUUCAGAUGACUUAUGAUACCAAGAUUCAGUAUUUUGAUAUAGAUGCUAAACAGGGAAGUUUGUAUAUUGCUAACAUAAUUGAUAGAGAAGAAUUGUGUGGUAGUAAUGUAAUAUGUGAGAUAAAACUUGGACUUAUAAUAGACAAGCCUCUGGAACUUUACCAAAUAGAAAUACAAAUAGUAGAUAUAAAUGAUAACUCACCAUUUUUUCCUGAAAUGGAAAGUGUCUUAAAAAUUGCAGAGUCAACUGCACUUGGUACUAAAUUUCCACUAGAGGGUGCUUUUGACCCAGAUGUGACCUCUAAUACUGUGUGCUUGUAUAUUAUUAGUACAAAUGACUUUUUUGGAAUUGAAAUGAACUCAAGGGAUUAUGGGAGUAAAUCACUAGAGUUGGUUUUAAACAAUGCAUUGGACCGUGAACAACACACAUCUCAUGAAUUGAUUCUUAAUGCCUUAGAUUGUGGGAGCCCAAAACGAUCUGGCACAGCCCAUAUUUUAAUUCUAGUUCAAGAUGCCAAUGAUAACCACCCGACUUUUGAACAACCUGUAUAUAGUGUGUCUAUACCUGAGAAUUUACCUUUAGGCAGCUUGAUUGUGGUCCUUAAUGCAACUGAUUUGGAUGAAGGUGCAAAUGGAGAGAUACAAUUUACAUUUAGCAACAUAGUUCCUAUAACAACACGAAAGCUAUUUGAAAUUGAUAAUGAUAACGGAGAGAUUAGACUUGUGGGGUUUCUUAAUUAUGAAGAAAGAACCUCCUAUGAGAUUCAUGUGCAAGCUAAAGACAAUGGUCAGCUGUCAAUGACUGGAUAUUGUAAAGUGAUUGUGACUGUAACUGAUGUAAAUGACAAUGUCCCAGAGAUUAAAAUGACAUCCCUCUUCAAUUCACUCCAAGAGGAUUCAGAGCCUGGUUUAGUGAUUGCUUUUUUCACAGUUACAGAUAGGGAUUCUGGACUCAAUGGUGAAGUUACUUGUCAAAUAUUAGACAAGUUACCAUUUAUAUUAGAGUCAAAAUUCUCAAAUUUCUAUUCAUUAGUUCUCAAGGAAGCUCUUGACAGGGAAGUAGUUUCACAGUAUAAAGUUAUAAUUUUAGCAAGUGAUGCUGGGAUUCCUUCCUUAUCAGUAACCAUAAAUGUUAAUAUUAUUGUAUCUGAUGUAAAUGAUAACCCACCAAUAUUCACCAAUUCAUCAUACACUCUUUCUCUGCCAGAGAACAUGGUACCAGGAACUCUGAUAUUUCAAAUUUCUGCCUUGGACAAAGACUCUGGGAAGAAUUCUCACAUUCUGUAUUCCAUAGUAGAAACAUUCUGGAGAGAAAUGUCAAUUACACAUUUUUUUUCUAUCCAUCCUGAUUCAGGCAAAAUAUUUUCAUUUAACCCAUUAGAUUAUGAAAAGAUUCAGGUGCUUAAUAUUCUUGUAAAGGCUAGUGAUUAUGGAUCCCCAUCUUUAAGCAAUACUGCUAACAUAACAAUUUUCAUAAAAGACCAAAAUGAUAACUCACCACAGAUUUCUUCUUCCUUGCCCAGUCGGGACUUUAUAGAUAGAUCAGCUGAAAUAGGGUACAUGGUUACAAAGGUUACAGCUAUAGAUUCAGAUUCUGGGUACAACGCCUGGCUCUCCUAUGAACUGGUUGAAAGCACAAACGCAACACUUUUUAAAAUUGGACUCUACACAGGUGAGAUAUACGUAGCAAGAAACAUUGAAGAGACUGAUGAAGAAAUCCACAAAUUGGUCAUUUUGGUAAAAGACCAUGGAAACCCUCCAAAAUCAACAACUGCAACAGUAUCCAUCACUAUACUGGAGACAAAUAGAAAAAUACGCGAUGAUGACCGUAAACUGUUUAUCCAGAAGGAAAGUAAAAUGAUAGACUUUAAUUUUUAUCUAAUACUUUUACUUUCUUUCAUAUCCAGCAUUAUAUUGUUCAUUGCUCUGUUUUACAUUGGAGUUAAAUAUUAUAAAGCCUUUGGAAGCAAUGACAGUUGGAAAACAACAGAAGAUCUUGAGUAUGUGAAGAAUGACUGGACAAUGUCAGCCAGCCAAAAGUGCAAUUUACAUUUCACUCCCCCCUAUGCUAACACAUAUCCAAAAGAUGAAACUGCAUCAACAGCCUGUUUCAAAGACUGUGAUACAAUUGGGAUCACUGAUGAAUGGAUGAUUUUUAACAAUGGGCUUGGAGACCAGAGGCUGGGUAGUCAGAAGGUAAUAGUAGAAGCUAAAAAUGAAUUGAUUAACAUCAAACAUACAAAAGUUUUGAGAGACAAGUCUGAUUACGACAUUGGUAAGAAAUACAUCUGGAACAAAGGCCAAAGAUUCCAAUAUAGGAGAAGCCAGAAUAAAAAUAGAGGAUAUAGGAGAGGUAGAGGAGCACGCCAGAGAGGCAGAGGUAACUGA